CCGUGUGUAAACAUGGCUGGAACGGUGGACAGCUUUGACUUUCUCUUCCGUCAAAUUUCAAACAGUUUUCAUGUGUACUCGGAUCUUCUGUCCUUGAUCGGUGCAUACUAUGUGACGAAGAAGGCAAUUUUUACGUGCUAUAGGGUGCAGUAUGUGGUUAGGAUGCAUUUUUAUCCCAAGCUGAGGCCAAAACGAGAUUUUGUCAGGGAAUUUGGAGAGUGGGCAGUUGUAACAGGUUCUACAGAUGGGAUUGGUAAGGCUUAUGCCAAGGAGCUUGCUCGUAAUGGUGUGAAUAUCAUUCUCAUCAGUCGCUCAGCUGAGAAACUCAAGAAGGUAGCUACAGAGAUUGAGUCUUUCUAUGGCGUCAAGACUCAUGUGAUCAAAGCAGACUUCAGCCUCGGAUCUGACAUAUAUGAUGACAUCUCUACUAAACUACAAGACAUGCAGAUAGGUAUAUUAGUAAAUAACGUCGGUGCAAUGGAUUUUCCUCAACUAUUCCUUGAGAUGGAUGCGGAUCGUAUAAGACGACUAAUCAAUAUCAAUAUUGGAGCUGCUACCAUGAUGACCAAGCUUGUCUUACCUCAGAUGGUUGGGAGGCGGCGUGGAGUGGUCGUUAAUGUCUCUUCAGGCACUUCUAUUCAUCCUAGCCCACAGCUAGCCCUAUACUCGGCAUGUAAGACAUACCUAGAUGUAUUCUCCCAAGCGCUGGAGUACGAAUACAGAAAUCAUGGAAUCAUCGUUCAGACGCUCCUCCCGUCGUACGUAGCAACCAAGAUGGCCGACUUCGGCGAGACCAUGCCCAGAUCUCGUUUUCUGAUCCCAUCGGCUGAUGUCUAUGCUAAGAAUGCAGUAGCUAGUAUUGGGAUUGCUAACAGGACAGCGGGGUACUGGCCUCAUGCCGUACAGUCAUGGAUUGCGAGGCAGAUUCCCAGGGACGUAUGGUUGUGGGGCGCAAACAUUCUAAACAGCGCCCUCAGACGGCAGUACGAGGUCAGGAGGAAGUUGAAGGUGGUGAAGUCCAGCUCGCGGGGCAGGUUAGCAACGAAAUCUCCUACGGCCGAUCCAGCAAGCAAGCCUGUUUGACGUUCAGGGACUUUCUAGUCGAUAAGCUUUUUUACUCUUAGUGGAGCAAUGAGAAACUGCAUUGUUAUUUUACUUGUAUUUUAGAAAACUCGGCCACUAGUAACAGGAUUUCAGGCAAGCAGACAAGCCAGUUUGACGUUGCUCCUUGUUCUAUUCGUAGUGAUGAAAAACUGCAUGUGCAAACGGUCCUUGUAUGAGAUCAAACUCUGGGAGUGGCAGGAUAUCAUUUUAAAUGCUAACAGCUGAAUCAGCAGGCAAGCCACUUUGAUGUUCAGGGACUCUCCAGUCGAUAAUUAUUUUUUUACUCAUAGCAGAGCAAUUGAAACUGCAUGCGUGCACUGUUAUUUUACUUAUAUAUAAGAAAACUCAGGCACUAGUGUCAGGCUUUCAAGCUACAUGCCAAUGGCUGAAUCAUCAAGAAACCUUUUUUUUUCCUCAUCGUGGAGCAA